AUGCAAUCACUUGAUCCUCUAUUCACUCCAUCUAUUUUAAUUGAAAAAGUUAAAAUGACAGAAUAUAUUCAUAGAUUUGGACUUCCUUAUAAUGAAAGUUUAAUUUGUGCAUUUAAAUGUAGUUGUAAACAAUCAAUAUCAAAAUUAGGGAAAUUAUAUGUAUUUAAUAGAUAUAUUUGUUUUUGGCCUCAACUUCUAAAAUUUAAUGCUGAUGUUUGGAAGUUUGAAGAUAUUUCAGGUAUUAAAGCAAAAGGUAAAUCACUUAGAAUUUUAUUUGUUAAAUCAAAUAAUUCAAACAUUAAAAUUAGUGGAAUAGAAAAUUCAGAAAAAUUUAUUCAAAUUGUUACUCAACACUGGAAUAAUUAUUGUACUUUAACAAAUAGAGUGUUAAUGACUUCAGAAUCUGAAGUAGAAAAAUCAGAAGAUUCAUCAGAUAUUUCUAAUGAUUCAAUUAUUAAUGGAACACCUUCAGAAAUUGCACAAAGUAGUGUUUCUUCAUCUCCUACUCCAUUUAUUAAUUCAAAUGUUAAUACUCUUAUAUCACAAAGUUUACCACCAUCUGUACCAAAAAAAGUUUCGUAUGAAGGAUUUUUAACUGCUACUGAAUUCCAACCAGGAGGAGAAACUGAUUUAGAUUGUUCUGUUAAAGAAUUUUAUGAAAAAUUUGUUAGAAAUGAAGCUAAAGAAAAGUUUAAAGAAAUACUUGCAGAAAAAGAGUUAACAAAUAUCAAUGUUUCUGAUUGGGAAGUAAGUGAACAAUUUGGAUUUGUUAGAAGUCAAGACUUUAUUGUUCCAUUAAAAGGAAUACCUAUUGGACCAUCUUCUGCACAUGCCAUUGUUAAUGAAAUAUAUUAUUUUGAAGGAGAUAAUUUAAUUAUAUGUUCUACUAAUCAAACACCUGAUGUUCCUUAUGGAGAUUCAUUUAAACUUGAAUUUAAAACUACUAUUUCACCAAAAGGAGAAAAACAAUGUCAUUUUGUAGAAGACUUUGCAGUAGUUUUCUUAAAAAAAGUUAUGUUAAAAGGAACUAUUGAAAGUCAAGGUGUUAAUAAUGCAAAGAAAGAUAUUGAUGUAAUGAUUAAGAAGUAUAUAGAAAAAAUUUCAGGUAAACCUGCUUCAAGUGGUGAAAUUGAAUUUAUUGAUGAUGAAGUACCAGAACCUAAAUUCUUCAAACAACCAAAGAUGAAAACUAUUAUUGAAACAACUAUUCCUAUAACUCCUCUUCAAUUUUUCAAUACAUUUGUAGAAAAUAAAACACGUUCAAAACAAAUUAAAUUAAGAGAAGAAUUAGGGCAAACAAAUAUAGAAAUGACUGAUUGGAAAAGUAUUCAAAAUGGGUUUACUAGAAAUAUUAAUACAAUUGAACCAGUUGAUACUCCUAAUGGAAAAGUAACAACAAGAGCUCAAAUUCAACAAUUUUAUCAAUUAAAAAAAUCAGCAUUAAUUAUUGGAUCUAUUAGAAAUUAUCUUGAUUCUCAAGAUUAUUAUUCAACUGAAACUAGACUUCUUUUAAAUUUAUCUAAAAAUAAUGAAUCUAUUUUAACUAUUCAAGCUAAUAUUCUUUUAAAAAAGAAAGGUGAUGAAAAAGAAAAAGAUUUAAUGUUAAAAUAUGAAAAAGAAUGUAGACAUCUUAUUCAAUCAUAUGUUGAUAAAUUUGAAUAUGAACAAAGAAUUAAAGAUACUAAUAGGGGUAUUGUUAGUAAAGUUAGUGAUUGUGUUGUUGGACUUACUUUUAAAGAAAAAAUGAUGGCUACUCAAAACAUUUUAUUAUUUCUCAUAUUCCUCGUUCUUUUUGGUAUUUUCAUUAAGGGGUAA